AUGAACCUAUAAAUAAACAGCAUUGUUGAAGCCCCAACAAAGGAAUAUCCAAAAAGAUCGUUUUAAGUAUCAUCACUUCUAGGAUCAGGUAGUGAAGGUAAAGCAUAUCUUGCCAUUGCUAAUAAUUGGGGAAAUAAUCCUUAAAAGGUUGCACUUAAAUUGCAAGCAACCAUAAAACAAAAUGAGAAAGAUUUUCUAUCAUAACUUAUAGAGUAUCAAAAUACUUAUGAAAAUGGAAACAAUUAACAAUUACUUCCCACUUUCAUAAUUAGAAUAUAUGAUUAAUUUUAAUGGUAAUAAAAAUAUUGUGUUAUUAUGGAAGUUGGUUCUUAAAAUUUAUUUGACUACUUAAAUAACACUUAGAACAUUCCAAUAUAAUAGAAAGAAAAAAUAUGUUUUUAAGUAAUUAUUUUUUUAUUAAGCUAAUAGAUAACACAGCCAAUAUUAUUUUUACAUCAGUAAAAAUUAAUUCAUCGUGAUAUUAAACCAGAAAAUUACAUAAAAGUAGGAGAUAACUUUAAAUUAAUUGACUUCGGCUUGAUUAGGAAUUCAACGCCGUAUGAAUUAAAAACAAUGUCUGUUGGAACUUUAAUAUUUCAAGCACCUGAACUUAUUGAGAACAGUAACCAAUAUAAUGAAAAAGUUGAUAUAUGGGCAUUAGGUUGCGUAUUUUAUGAAUUAUUAUCAAAUGAAGCAUUAUUUGAUGGUAUCAUAAGUUUUUAUUAUAGGAACAAAUUAUAAAGAAGUAAUCUCAAAAAUCAAAAAACAUAAACUAGACCGAAAUUAUGUUCAGACUAAAAUUUAUGCUCUAAAUACUUCAUAAGAAUUUAAAUUACUUUUAACACAAAUGAUGAGUUAUUAAGAUGUUAGUCGUCCUACUAUAGAAUAGGUUUAUAAUUAAUUGAAUAGAAUCAUCAGUAAAAAUACAAAUAUUCCAUCAGUUUCAAGUAAUUGUAUAACACUACAAAAAAAUUUUAAUGCUUAGAAAACUAUUAAUCCACAAUUAAAUUAACAAGUAGAGUCAUUUUAAAUUUAACAAUCAAAUCAAUAAGAUUAAAUAUCUGAAAAUUAAAAAUUAAACCCUCGAAUCGACAAAGAAAAUACUUCUUAAAUAAAGAUUUAACCAAAAAAUGAAAAAUUAGAGGUCUUUUAAUCAUAAUAAACAUAAAGUAUACUUAAAACUUAAGAUGCUUUAUAAAAAGAUAAUUCUAGCAUUUAAAAAGAAAUCUUUAGUGAAUCAUAAUUAAAUUAGAUUAAAUUAUUAUUUGAAGAAAAAGAGAAAUUCAUAUCUGAAUAGAUCAAAAGUGUUGAAGUCAAAUUAAUAAACGAAGAAUAUAUUCAAAAAAUAAUAUAAAAACAUUCAGAUAAGUAAAAAGAAAUAUAUUAAAAAUAAAUGGAUUUAUUUUAAAAUGAUGUAAUUUAAAUUAAAAAUUAAUUAAAAGAAAAAGAUAAAAGUAUUGAGUCAUUAAAAUUAAUAUAGCAGCAAUAAAACAAGUUUGAGUUAGAAUUAUUAAAGCGAUUGGAAGUUAAAGAAAAGCAAAUCGAAUAAAUUUUAUAAUAAUAAGAUUAAAUUUCUAAAUUAGAGAAUAACAUUAAAAAUCAAUUUUAAUAGGAAGCACAUUUAAUUUAAUAAAUAAAAUAAUCAAAAUCGAAUGAAAAAACUCUUAAAGUAUAGACAUUGGAUCAAAAAGUGUAAUCUAUUGACUUGUAAAUGAAAUAAUUACAAGAAUAAUAAUAGAAUCUUAUAAAUUUAUAAAAUGAUAAACUAGAAAAAAAAAUUGAAAUUAUUCAGCAAUACUUUUCAGAUUAAUUUUAUUAAGUUGAAUCAAAUCAAAAUUAGAGAUUAUAAUUAUAAGAAAAAUAAUUUAAAUCUUUAAUUGAGUAAAUAAGAGAGGAAAAUUUCAGAACAAUAAACCCAUAAUUUAUCCAAAACACUAACUAAAGUAAUCAAAAAUUUCAAAAUAAUAAUGAUACAAAUAUUCAAUUAAAUUAAGAUCAGAAUAAUAAAGUUGAAAAUUUAGAUAAUGACUAUUUAAAAAUAAAAAAAGAAUUAGAAGAAUUGAGAGAAGCAACUUAAAAGAAGGAAAUAAAGAUAAAAGAAUUAGAACUUAGCCUUUAAAAUGCAAAUUAACCUAUAACUCAAGUUAAAGCCUUAAUUGUUUAUUUUUAAAAUUAAUAAAAUUUUAACAAAUUUUAAGACGAUUAUACAGAAUAAUUUUAGGAAUUAGUUAGGAAUAUAAUGCAAAAUUGA